CGGCGCGGGCAGGGGCAACGUGGUGAAGAACAGUAGUCCCCAGAGGGCUCUGGUGCUCUCAGACAGCAGCCUGAUGGCUUGUGCCGUGUCCCUCUGGUCCCGUCUCCAGGAACAGAAUAUCCCACAUCACUGUCGUCAGACACCAAGGCACAGAGAAGUGCACAGGAGAGCCCUGGCUGAGCAGCAAGUGCAGGAGCAGCUGGAGCCAAAGUCACCUGAGCCUAAGGACAGCAGAGCACACGCUGGUGUGCAGACAGAUUUCUGUUGUGAUGAGCCUGGGAACCACAGAAUAAAGGUGGAGAUAGUGUGUCAGGCAGACAUGCACCUUGAGCAACCACCCUCUUUGCUCUGCAGCCUGGCAGAAGAAGGAGGAGCCAUGGCCAGCAAGCAGAAGGAAGAGAGAUGGCUCAUCAAGAGGACAAGCCUGAGAGCAAGCUUUUUCUGUACCUCGUACAGUUGUAAGUCAAGCAAUUAGCUUAGCCGUGUUCAUGGUGGUAACCCUCUAAACAGGUACUUGGAAGGCUCUGAAAUUCAAAAAAUCAUCCUUCUACCUUAUAACCUAAGUAGCAGCACAAUGCACCCAUGAUUUCCAAUGGACGAUAUAAGUAAUUCCCCAUCAGCAGUAAGCUGGAAAGGUAAACCUAUAUUCAUUGUAACUCAACCUUACACAUUUGUUUUUUCAAUCAUGCCUUGUAAGGGUAUAACAGGAGAUGCUGUUUGUUAUAACAAACAGGGUAGAAAAUAGGAACGCUGGAAAGUGCAGGAAAUCCUGGACCACCUUCUG